AUGGGUAACUUACCAGCUGCUCGUGUCAGAGUCUCCCGGCCAUUUACGCAUACCGGUGUAGACUAUGCCGGACCGAUUGAAGUUAAGGCCUGGAAAGGACGCGGAGGCAAAGUAUAUAAGGGAUAUUUUGCGAUAUUCGUUUGUUUAUCCACCAAGGCAAUUCACUUGGAAGCCGUGAGUGAUAUGACCACGCAGGCAUUUCUGGCAGCAUUCAGGAGGUUUACUGCACGUCGAAAUGUGUGCACUGAAAUAUACUGCGACUGCGGAAAAAACUUUGUAGGUGCCAAUACUGAACUCCAAAAGAUGAUGAAGGCUGCAGAAAUAAACUGGCAGCAUAUCUCAACAACCAUAACUAACGUAGGAACCAAAUGGAACUUCAUUCCUCCCGCUUCUCCCCAUUUCGGUGGAUUAUGGGAAGCCGGAGUGAAGUCCGUAAAGUUUCAUUUGAAACGGGUUGUCAAAAAUGAAUCCCUGACAUUCGAGGAGCUCAGCACGCUUCUCAGCGAAAUAGAAGCGUGUUUAAACUCGAGACCUCUUUGUCCAGUCUCCGACAACAUUGACGACUUCGAAAUUCUAGCGCCUGCACACUUCCUGUUUGGAACAUCGGCCCAUCUAAUACCAGAAGCGGACUUGGCAGAAAAGAUUUCCAACCUUGAUAGGUGGAAUAAAAUCUAA